AUGGCUUCAGACUGGAAAAGGGGAAUUUGUGUGAGGGAGAACCAGGAGAAGGAGAAAGUGCUGAACUCCCUGAUGUCCGGGGCUCUGGCUGGGGCUGUGGCUAAAACUGCAGUGGCUCCUCUGGACAGGACAAAAAUCAUGUUCCAAGUGUCUUCAAAAAGAUUUUCUGCUAAGGAAGCCUACAGGCUGAUCUACCACACCUACCUCAACGAGGGCUUCUGGAGCCUCUGGAGAGGCAACUCUGCCACCAUGGUGCGGGUGAUCCCCUACGCCGCCAUCCAGUUCUGCGCCCACGAGGAGUACAAGCAGAUCCUGGGCAACUACUACGGAUUCCAGGGAAAGGCACUGACGCCUUUCCCUCGCUUCAUUGCUGGCUCCCUGGCUGGCACCACAGCUGCCAUGGUCACCUACCCGCUGGACAUGGUCCGUGCCCGCAUGGCUGUCACACCCAAGGAGAUGUACAGCAGCAUUGUGCACGUCUUCAUCCGGAUAUCCCGGGAGGAGGGGCUGAAAACCUUGUACAGGGGCUUCACGCCCACCAUCCUGGGCGUCAUCCCCUACGCCGGCCUCAGCUUCUUCACCUACGAGACGCUGAAGAAAGUGCACGCAGAGCACAGCGGCAGGGCGCAGCCCUCGCCCCCGGAGCGGCUGCUGUUCGGGGCGUGCGCCGGCCUCAUCGGCCAGUCGGCCUCGUACCCGCUGGACGUGGUGCGGCGCCGCAUGCAGACGGCCGGCGUGCUGGGCCACAGCUACAGCUCCAUCCUGCUCACCAUGCAGGACAUCGUGCGCGAGGAGGGGCUGGUGCGAGGCCUCUACAAAGGGCUCAGCAUGAACUGGGUGAAGGGCCCCAUCGCCGUGGGCAUCAGCUUCACCACCUUCGACCUGACGCAGAUCCUGCUGCGCAAGCUGCAGCGCGGCCCCGGCCUCCAGAGGUAGUGGCUUCGUGUGGAAAGAGCAGUUUGUUCUUCCCCGGCCUCCCACGUGCUCCUGCAGCUGCGAACUCGCCCGUUUGUUGGGGUUUUUUUUGGUUUUUCCUGUUGUUCCCGGGUAUAUUUUUUCCCCCUUUUUAAUUUGGAAGCCUAAGUGAAAAAUUCCCGAUCCUGCAGAGCUGAGUCCUCCUCCAAAGCAGCUGCCUCAGCCUUCCCAUGGACUGUGGAGCCUCCCACCCCACCUGUGCUGCUCCUGGCUCCUCAGCUGGCUCUCCGUGGGCAGAAGGAAGCGGUGGAUGAUGGAAGAGGGGGCUCGGAGCUGUUGGGAAUGACCCCCUGGAUCUGGGAAGGGGCAGUUCUGUACUCCCUACGUUCCGCCAAGUGCAAUAUCCCAGUGUUAUCCCUCGGGAAUUCCAGAUUCUUGUGGGCUGUGAAAGCAGGGCAGAGCAGGCCCAGGACGCUACACUUGUUCCGAAAGCUGAAUGUUUCCUCUGGCUGGGAAUGCUGCCCUUUUUCCACGGAUUUUCCUUGGGUUUUUGGGUUGAGCUGCAUCCAAGUCCCUCGUUUGUGGUGUUCCUCUGAGAUUACCAAAGACUGGAGGACGUGGAGGAGGGGAGCUCCGAGCCCUUUCACGAAGGAAAUUUCCCUCCGUGCGCUGUCGGCGUGAGCAAGGCCUGGAUUCCCAAACUGGAUCCGCUCCAGCUGCUUUUGUAUUUCCCCUCUGGGCUGCCUGCCCUGCAGAGGCAGCGCUCCCAGGGCUGCCUGCACGGAGGGAGGAGGGUCCCAUCCUCCAAAACCCCCUUUGCACUCAGUGUCGGCGCUGCUCUGUGCACCGUGUGAGAGCAAACCCCGCUGCACCCCAAAAGAGCCGGGCCAGCUCCUGGCCGUCCUGCUUGUCCCGUUUGGUACCUGCUGUGUAGGUCCUGUCGCCUCUGCUCGUUAACUCAUCCCUAAAAUUCCCCUUGGAAUUCCAUCCCUGUGGGCACCGCGGCGUUGGCCCGACAGUGCCAAUCGCUUCCAGCUGGGAUUCGGGACAAUCUCUCGGUUUUCCUCUUUCCAAUCGGUUUUCAGGGAAAUGGAGGUUGUUUUUUUUCAGUGGAUGAUCAUUCCCUCUGUUAAAUUCAGAGGUCAGAGCAGACUUCAGACUCCUCUUGAUCAGAUGACACAAACCAAGGUGGAAAAAUCCCUUUCCAGGGAGUCCAUAAUGCGAGGGAAAAGAUAAGAUUGACCUUCAAGCCUGUCCUUUCCUGGUUGUUCUGUGCUUGAGCUGCUGCGGCUGGAUGGGAUGAGUGGGAAUUGCACAAGGGGGCAGGAGCAGCCUUCUCCUUUCUUUUUUGUCUUUGCACUUCUUCGGAGCACGGAGCUGCUCCUGAUGCCAAAUAUUUCCUUGGGAAUCAGGGGGUGUGGGAAUGGCGCUGGAGUGGUGGCACACAGAAAUUCCCAGCACUGGGGCAGACUGGAACUGGGAUUUGGCCUCAGGAAUUCUGCCCCCGGGCCCAGCAGGGCGACGCGUUCCCUGAUUGACCUGGGAGUUAAAGAUCCCUGGGCUUUUGGGAGGUGAUGGCCACGAAUUCUGGGUCAUUUUUUUGGGCUUUCCCCUCGCUCAGCCCCCCCAUUUCUUUUCUCCAAUGGAGAAGCCAAUUAUCCUGCUCCUGUCCUGAUCCAGAGGGAGGAAUUCCCAGCACUGCUCAUAUCCCCACGUCCUGUCCCUUCCUUGUCCCCUCCCAGCUGGGAAAAGCAGCAAUUCCAGCAGCCCGGGGGUGCUGACAAGUUGUUCUUUAAUUAGCAGCUGCACCUGAUUUAAAUUCAGAAUUUCAGCCAAUUUCCCCACAAGUUUUGCAGGCUGGGUGUUCGUCCAGGGGCAGAUCCUUGAGUUCAGCCUGUGAUGGUUUUGGUGCUUUUGUUUCUCUCAGAGAGUGUUGCUGCUUUGGGUUGGUUUAAA